UUUCUCUCAAACUGACCAGUCUACGCUGACCGCUCUGCAGGUUGGUUCGUUAGCUGCAGAACACGCGCGACGAGCCAGCACGUAGUUCUUGUUGUUCUGUCGUUCGUAGAAGGUUGUUUGGGAUUUCCUAAACGCUCGACAUACGCUGCAGUUAUUUAAAACCGAUAAUUGUCCGUGAGGCUAUAAUGACGGCAAUACUCGCCGUCAAACGUGCCGCUAUUCUAACUUUCGUUUGUGCCCUCUUCGCAUCCGGUAGCGCUCAAGAAGUCGUUAGAAAUUCACAAUCGAACAAUGUCAACGGAAGGAGUUGCGGAGAGAACCAGUUCGCUUGUCGAAACGGGGAAUGCAUCGCGAGCGAAUUGCUGUGCGACGGAAGAGCCGACUGUUCCGACCAGAGCGACGAGACCCAGGUCGAGUGCACAAAGCCAGAGUUGACCUGUCCGGAUUACGCAUUCCGGUGUACUUACGGUGCCUGCGUAAACGGAGACGCGGUCUGCAACGGCGUCAAGGACUGCAUCGACAACAGCGACGAGGCACUUAGCAGGUGCCCGGGUAUUUCGGCAGCUGACCCUGAGGCGAGCUGCGGUAUCGGGGACUUCCGGUGCAGGAAUGGCCAGUGCAUAAACUCGACGUCUCUCUGCGACGGGAUCGUCGACUGCGCCGAUCAGAGUGACGAAACUACCAAUGCCUGCGGAUCCUUUCCCUGCAGCCAAAUGGUAUUCCGGUGCAAUUACGGCGCAUGCAUCGACGGCGACCUCACCUGCAACGGAGUCCGCAAUUGCGCCGACGGCUCGGACGAGGAUCCCUUGCGUUGCGGUGGUUCGGGCACUCCGGGGCCCGUUACUCCCGUGACACCGACGCCGACGCCACCGCCGACUCCAAGACCGUCGUCCCGGCCGCCUGUAGCGAGGCCGUCGGCUUGUCUGGUGCCGCCGCAGCCAAGUAACGGCCACUGGAAGCUCCAUCGAGCACUCUGUAGCAACGAGCUUGACUGCGAGAUUCCUCAGGGUGUCGAGCUGGAGCCUGGUACCCAGCUGGUAUACACCUGCAAUUCAAACUACAAGGCGAGAGGAAGCACCGAAGUCUUCUGCGCAGUCACGGGAACGUGGUCGAAAACACCCGUGUGCGUUGAGAUAAAAUGCAGCGCUUUGAACUCCCCGUCGACGACGGCGGCUUGCUCUUCCAAGGGCCAGUGGGUGAGCUGCGACUCCGCGGUGUCUCCGGGUACUCGAGCGCAAUUAUCUUGCCGUCAAGGAUACAUGAUGGACACGACUUCCUUCACUACUCGUAGAACGUCCGUGACGUGCAAUGCGAAUGGAAAGUGGGAACCGGAUCCCGUCAGAUGCAUACCAGUUUGCGGUAUCGCAAGAACCAACCAGACCCCACUGGUGUACAACGGAGUCAAGGCGACCAUCGGCGACUUUCCGUGGCAUGCGACCCUCUACAAGGAGGUGAACACGGUUAAAGGACCCAAAAAGGAAUUUCAAUGUGGUGCUACAAUUAUUGAGAUCAAUCUGGUUUUGACUGCCGCUCAUUGCGUCUAUGACGAGAACACCAAGACUGCGGUAUCGCCUGAGAAAUUCUUCGUCGUCACCGGAAACGCGUUCCGCGAUUAUGACUCGCCGCUACACGAUCCCAACAUCGUUCGAAAGGCCGAGGUGAAAAAUGUUUACUUGUAUUGUCAGUAUUACGGACUGAAUGGAAACUAUGCAUCUGACAUUGCAUUGCUGGAACUUCGGCAGCCGUUCGUAUUCUCUAGCAUUCUGCAGCCCGCUUGUUUGGACGUGUCUGGGUUUAGUGAGCAGAUACUGGAGCCUGGUGUCUUUGGAAGAGUUGCCGGUUUCGGUAGGACAGCAUCAGGCACUACCAGUGCCGUCCUGCAGACUCUAACUCUGCCUUACAUAUCCUACAGCCAGUGCAAGUCUUCCAGCAACAGUUCCGAGGUUGAGGUUUUCAUCAGCAACGACAAGUUCUGCGCCGGUUACACAAAUGGAUCGGCUGUGUGUGAAGGUGACAGUGGGGGUGGAUUGGUAUUCAAGAAAAAUGACUUAUGGUACGUUAUGGGGGUCGUCAGCGUUGGUCUUGGCGUAGACACCAGCAACGGAGAAAGGACGUGCGACAAAUAUUCCUACUCGCUUUACACCAAAGUCUCCACUUACAUGGCAUGGAUUCAAGACGUGAUGUUCAAUUUGAAACAAUACCAGUCUUUCCGAUCAUGCGGAUCUAAUGUCUAAAAUUGAUUGUGCAACUUGACGAUAUUCCAAAACAGUUGAUGCUAACCAUUGGGAGAAAAUUAUUCAUGUGAGAAUAGUCGUCGUUAGUUCUACUUUACGGAUCGAUUUGUAAUGCAAGGUUGUGAGAAAGAAAAUUUUCGGAAGACGUUUGUUUCUGUGCGGUAAUGGAAACUUGUUUUUUGUUUCUUCUUGAACAAGAUAUGCGAACUAGAAAUCUAAAAAGUGAAUGAGAGGAAGAUGACGAUUAUUACAGUUUGAUCAGAGAAUAACUGGAGGUACGGUGUUGGUGAAAAUAUAUGUAUAUGUACAUAAAAGCGUAUAUUGAAAUAAGACUUGAAACUACAGGAAUAACCAGCUUGAAACCUCUUGUGAUAAAAAAUAGAUUUUCAUCUGAGUAACAAAUUGACAAUGAUUAAUAUACGUACACACAAAACGUCGUCAUAAAUAAAAUAACUUACAAUUUUA